AUGGAAGAUUUAUCAUUGGCAGCUUUGAUUACCAUAUUAAUUUUAUUCAUUCAUACAAUUACAUCACAUGUGAUUGAGAUUAAGAAAAUAACUAUUUUGCACGAAUCAGCUGUUUCUAUAGGAUUGGGAGUCAUCGUAGCCAUUAUCUUGAAAGCAAUUACUGGUACUGUAGUAGAAUUUAACCAUGGGAUAUUCUUCAAUUUGAUUUUACCUCCAAUUAUAUUUGCAGGUGGUUUUAAUUUAAGAAAAACAUUGUUUUUUGAGAAUUUUAGCGUAAUUAUGUAUUAUGGAAUUAUUGGAACUAUUCUCUGCUUUAUAAUAUUAGCCGCUUCUUCUCUUAUGUUAAUGUAAAGUGGAUGGUUUUUUAAUGGAAAGAAUAUAGAUAUAUCAGAUAUGCUUUUAUUCAGUGCCGUCUUAUGUGCAACUGAUACAGUUGCAGCUCUAAGCUUGGUAAAAGAGAGUUAAUAUCCCCAGCUCAACUCUGUUUUAUUCGGUGAGGGUAUAAUAAACGAUGCAAUCUCUAUUGUUAUUUUUAGAAGUGUUAAGAACUUUAUGAUUGAAGCAAACAGCAAUUUCAAUGUUGGCACAAUUUUCUUAAUUUUAUUGGAUUUCUUCAAAUUACUUAUUUUAAGUGUAAUUAUGGGAGUGACAAUAGGUUUAUUAAUAUCCUAUUUCUUUAAAAAAUAUUAAUCAUUCAAUAACUACCCUCUUAGAGAAACAAGUAUAAUCAUGCUUUCAGGAUAUUUCUCAUAUUUAAUAGCUGAAAUUGUUGGACUUUCAGGAAUUAUUUCUCUUUUUUGCUGUGGUUUGGUGAUGGGUCAUUAUGCAUAUUUAAAUAUAUCUGAAGAAUCGUAAAAAGGAACCCAUUUAGCAUUUGAGACAGUUGGAUAUUUAGCUGAAGCAUUUGUCUUUGCAUAUUUAGGUAUAUCCUUAGUAAACAUUAAUUAUGCAGACAUAGAAAUUGGAUUUACAAUUUGUAUGAUGUUUGCAGUAAUGUUUGCAAGAUGCUUUUCUGUAUAUAGUCUACCAUGUCUACAAGCUGUCUUUAAAAAGUAGUCCAAGCUUAAUUAUAAAUAAUUAUCUAUGGUUUGGUAUUCUGGUACUAUAAGAGGAGCUAUAGCAUUUGGUUUAACUUUAAUGAUAGAAAGCAAAAAUUUAAACGUUCUUUUGAAUAUUAUUCUUUUGAUAAUUAUUUAUUCUACUAUAUUCUUGGGAUCUCUGAUGCAGCUAUAUGGAAAAUGGAUUGGCUUAGAGCCUGAAAGAAGCGAGUUUUUGGAUGCGCAUUUAAACAUAGAAACAUCUAUAAAAACUAAAAGUAUAAGCGAUUACGGUGAAAUCGGUUCCUAUGGUUAUAAUACAAACAGUUUAAAUAGGAAGUUUGAUGUUAGUUAAAAUUCUCCUAUUAGGGUAAAAUCAAACAAUUAUGGAUCCUAAUAAUCAUAAUCAGAAAAUCAUAAAAUGAGAGAUAAACUUAAGCUUCUUGAGUAAAAAUAUGUUAAGCCAAUAUUUUAAAAAGGUAAAGAGGAAACAAUAAAAUCAAUAGAUUUGUAAGAAUAUAAAAACAAUAUUGAUAAAAUAUCUAAUUUGGAUGAAUAUUGA